AUGCGCCCGCUCAACAGCAACAUCCCCGCCUUCAACCUCACCGUCUCAACCCUCCUCCGCCGCCCGUCCCUCCUGCUCCCGAACCUCACCGUCCCGACUCUGCUCCAGCUCCCCGCCGACCUCGGCGCACACCUCGCGCCGCCAUCCUCCACCGCGCGCACCGCCUUCAAACCGCCCACGAUCCGCGCCCUGGUGCUCGACAAAGACAACACCUUCACGCCGCCCAACCGGCUCGCCGUCCCGCCCUCGUACCUCGCGAAGCUGCGCUCACUCCGCACCGACCCGGCCUCGCCCUUCAACCUCACGCGCAAUCCUCACGGCAUCCUGAUCGUCUCCAACACCGCCGGCAGCAAUCCCGCCAACGCGCGGUACGCCGCAGAGGCCGAUGCGCUCGAAGCCGCGCUUGCUGACCUGCGCAUCCCCGUGUUCCGCUCGCCGCCGCAUGAGAGCGGCGGCGGCAGCAACCACCACCACCGGACGCCUAUCAAGAAGCCGUUUUCGCACCGGGCGAUCUUGAGGUAUUUGGUGGAGCGUGGGGUGGUGGAGUCGCCGGCGGAGAUUGCGGUGGUGGGGGAUCGGUUGGGGACCGAUGUGCUGAUGGCGGGGCUGAUGGGUGCUUGGAGCGUUUGGGUGAAGGAUGGGGUGACGGAGGGCGCGGAGGGUGUAGAUCUAGGGAGGCAGGGCGUGGAUUACCGCGGGAUAUGGGCGAAAAUGGAGACGAGGCUGGAGAGAUAUCUAAGGAGGAGGGGGGUCAAGCCUUCGAUGCCGAAAGGGUGGGAGGAUACGGAUUGA